CAAAAAACGUCUGUCGACAAGAACAAAAAAAAAAUCGUUUUCUAUUCGUUCAAAGUCCGUUUAAAUUAUAAUAAUUAUACAAUAUACAAUAUUAGGUAUAUUUGUGCUCGGUUAUCGCCGGUUGUUCCUGGUCGGCGGUCGACAAAACGAUCAUCAAUAUUUACACCGGUCGGCAAACGAGAGCUAACGAACGCGCGCGGUUGUCAUGAUUAUUAUUGUAAUUGGUUGUAGUUAUUGUUCAUCGAUAACAAUCACAGGUGCAUAACAAGAUAAAACGUUUUAUUGCUGAGCUUCGUCGAGUGCGGUUGUUUUAAAAGUUCCGGUUAUUCGGUCAAGGGAGAGAUGGCAGCUAUUGUUACGUCGCUUAGACUUUCCAGCUCGUUGAUUUUGAUCGCAGCAAUUAUCGUUGUAGUCAUUGUUGCCAUGAAAACGGAUAACGGCGGUUUAGGACAAUCGUACAGGACCCCUGACCGAUUGACUCGUGACAAACCGAUGGUUAUGUCUGGAAAACCAUGGGAAUUAACACAUCGUCUGUCUCAGUACAUUCGUCCAACACAGUAUUUCAUUAAUUUACAUCCAAAUCUUGAACACGGAACUUUCACAGGUUCUGUCGACAUUAUAUUGACAUUGGAUAGUACUCAAAAUUAUAUUAAAUUACAUUCAAAAGGGUUGAAUAUAAAAGAAACUGUAUUGAAUUCAAGUGUUGUAAAAGGUUUUCCAUAUUCUGAACAUGAAUCUUGGAUUGUUGUUCCUGACAAAGCUCUGAGUGUUGGAGAACAUAAACUGCAAUUAAAAUUUGAAGGCAGUUUAACCAGUAAAAUAAUUGGAUUUUAUCGUAGUGUGUAUACAGACAUUGAAACUAAGGAACAAAAGUUUAUAGCUACAUCAAAAUUUGAACCCACUUAUGCUCGUCUAGCCUUUCCAUGUUUUGAUGAACCUCAACUUAAAUCAAAGUUUAAGAUAAGCCUUAUUCGGCCAUCUAGUAAUAACUAUAUUGCAUUGUCCAACAUGAAUCAAGAGUCUGAAGAACCGAAUGUCCCGUCGAAUGGAUUGACAUCAGUUAAUUUUGCGAAUACUGUACCAAUGUCUACGUACCUUGCGUGUUUCAUAGUGUGUGAUUUUCAAUCGCUUGAGCCUGUUAUAGCAGACCAAGGAUUUCCAUUAACAGUGUAUGCUAGACGUGGACAAUCAGACAAUAUGAAAUAUGCUCAAUUUGUUGGUCUUAAAUCUAUAAACUUCUAUGUAAACUAUUUUGGCAUCCAAUAUCCAUUACCUAAAUUAGAUCUCAUAGCGAUUCCAGAUUUUGUUUCUGGCGCUAUGGAACAUUGGGGUCUUGUAACUUUUCGAGAGACGAGUGUUUUGUACAAAGAAAGUGUUAGUUCUAUUACUAACAAAGAACAAGUAGCAUUGACUGUUGCUCAUGAGUUGGCACAUAUGUGGUUUGGAAAUCUUGCCACUAUGAAAUGGUGGAAUGACCUCUGGCUCAAUGAAGGCUUCGCUUCGUACAUGGAAUUUAAAGCAAUAAAUGUUGUUCAUCCAGAUUGGGAUGUUGAUACCAUUUUUUUGGUACAUAGUUUGCAACCCGUACAAUCUUUAGAUGACAAACUUAGUUCACACGCUAUUGUUCAAGAUGUUUCUCACCCAGAUCAGAUAACUGAAAUUUUUGAUCGUAUUUCAUAUGAUAAGGGAUCUUCUGUUAUACGUAUGUUAGAAGGAAUGCUCGGGGAAGAGGUUUUUCGAGCCGGCGUUAGUGCAUAUUUACAACGUCAUAAAUUUAGCAAUGCCGAAACUGAUGAUUUAUGGGCAGAAUUACAAGCUGCAGCCCAAAAUUCUGUUGAUGUAAAAAAGGUGAUGGACACUUGGACUCGUCAAGCAGGAUUUCCAGUGGUAUCUGUUGUUCGAAAUGGAACUAAGUUAUCAUUGACUCAGCAGCGUUUUUUGGCUGAUCCAAAUGCUGAAUAUUCCUCUGAUGUAUCUCUCUACAAAUAUAAAUGGGAAAUCCCAAUCACUUAUAUUACUUCAAAUGAUAAAAUAGUACACAAAGUUUGGUUGACAAAAGAUCAAAACACUAUCAAUAUAGAUAUCUCGAACGCAGAAUGGAUAAAAUUUAAUCAUAGACAAGUGGGAUAUUACAUGGUGAAUUAUUCUGAAAACGAUUGGGCAUUAUUGAGUCAUUUGUUAAAAAACAAUAUUAACACUCUUAAUGCUGCUGAUCGAUCAAAUUUGAUUCACGAUGCAUUCAGUUUAGCUGAAGCAAGCCAUUCACCAUACAGUAUUGCUCUAGAUAUGACUAGAUAUUUAAUAUCCGAAGACCAUUAUGUACCAUGGUAUGUUGCGGCGUCUAACUUGAUCAAUUUAAGGAUAAAUUUAUAUUAUCGACCAGCCCAUUACAACUUGGAUAAAUAUAUUCAAAACUUAUUGGUUAGUCUUAAACAAGACUUCUGGAACGAUUCAAAUGACAGAAACUUUUUGGAACGAAAAAUACGAGGAGUCAUUCUUAAUUUGGGUUGUUUAGUUGGUUUGCCGAGUUAUCAAGUAAAAGCUUUGGAACUAUUUAAAAAAUACUUAACUGAUAAAGUUAAGCCAGAUCCAGAUAUAAGAAGUGUAGUUUACUAUUAUGGAAUGGCUAGUGGGAAUGUUGACGAAUGGAAUCAAUUAUGGAAAAUGUAUUUAAAUGAAAACGAACCUCAAGAAAAAGUAAAAUUAAUGUAUGCUUUAACCGCUGUGAAAGAACCAUGGAUAUUAACCAGUUUGUCCAAAAAUGGACCCCUAGUUUUUAUUUAUUUUUAACUUUGGCGCAAUCUCAAACAUCAAAAAUAAGUGAAACAUGAAGAUGAAAUUUUAUAAAACUUUUCCUAUAGAAUUGGACACCCAAAACAAAUGUUUUCAUCAUAGUUUCAAAAUGGGAUAAGUAUUGAGUACAAUAAGUAUUUUUAUUUUCAAAAAAGCAAUUUCUCGUAAGUACCACCGAAUUGGUAAUCAUUACUCUGGAACCAAAAGAAAAUCAUAUUUUACCUAUACCCUGUUCGCUAAGAGAGCAUGCCGCUACCCAAUGAAAUUUAGCUGUUCUGCGCAUCCCCGCGCCGCACCCAGUGUGACUAGCGUUCCCCCCGGAGUGCGCCCUGUCUGCCAGCCUUAGUCUUCAGUCUACAUGCGCAAACCCGGCAUGCUCUCUCAGCGAACAGGGUAUAGACAAAAUUCCUUUUCUUUUUUAAAUUCAAGAAGCAUUAUUUAAUAUUAGUUACAGACAUUUUUUUUACUGUUGUUUUUAACUGCUUUGUAUUUACAAUUUUUGUUUUACUUAGAUUGUUGUUUAUGUUUAUGUUUUGUGUGUGUAUAUUGCUUUUAUUAAAACCUAUUAUUAAAUUAAGGUUUAAGGUACAGUAAAUGCAACAAUAUUUGAUACAAGUAAAUUGGAUGUAUGAUUAUCGCUGUUGUAAAUUAUACAAUGUGCAACUACUCAUGUUAUCACAAAUAGCGCGCCCACUGGAAAGUUAAAUACAAAAUUUCAAAAGAAAUACUAAUUGUACUCGGCCCAUUUUUUUAUUAUGAUGAAAACAUUAGUUUUUAGUGUUCAAUAUUUGAAGAAAAAAAAAGGUAUAUAUUUUAAAAACAUCUUUCUCGUGUUCCA